AUAUACUGUGAAGAAUAGUAAAGAAUCAUUACUUGGUAAUUCAAGAGUAAGACAAGACUGGAGCCACUGAACGCGACAUCAGAUUCCCUCUAGGCCAGAAGAUGUACCAUCAUCACCACCAAGCUUCCAGCAUGCACCCUUCAACAAGAAUGCCUUUCCCUGAAAGGCAUCUGUUCCUACAAGGUGGGAAUGCCAAUGGAGACUCAGGGCUUGUUCUUUCAACGGAUGCUAAGCCAAGAUUGAAAUGGACGCCAGACCUCCAUGAGAGGUUUAUAGAAGCAGUUACCCAACUUGGUGGGGCAGACAAAGCCACACCAAAAUCAGUUCUGAAACUUAUGGGGAUCCCGGGACUAACCUUGUACCACUUAAAGAGCCAUCUUCAGAAAUACAGGCUAAGUAAGAACCACCAUGGACAAGCAAAUCUUAGCGGGGUCAAUAAAGCUGCAGCAAGUAUGGAGAAAAUAUGUGAGAGCACUGGAAGUCCUACGAGCAAUCCAAGCAUUGGACCCCAACCAAACAACAAUCUACCAAUAAGUGAAGCAAUACAAAUGCAAAUUGAUGUCCAAAGAAGGCUUCAUGAGCAGCUUGAGGUGCAACGACAUUUACAGCUAAGGAUAGAGGCUCAAGGGAAAUAUUUGCAGGCUGUGCUCGAGAAAGCACAAGAAACCCUUGGAACACAAAACUUGGGAACAAUUGGAUUAGAGGCAGCUAAGGUUCAACUGUCUGAUUUGGUAUCCAAAGUAUCCAACCAAUGCCUGAAUUCUGCAUUUUCAGAGAUACAAGAACUUUCAGGAUUUCACACUCCACAAACACAAGCAACCCAGCGGUUAGCAGAUUGUUCAAUGGAUAGCUGCUUAACCUCCUCUGAAGGCCCCUUGAGGGACCUGCAGGAAAUGCAUAAUAACCAACUUGGCCUGAGGACUUUAAACUUUGGACCAUGUACAGAAGAAAUUGAAAAUCAGACCAGGUUACAGCAGACUGCACUAAGAUGGCGUGAUGACCUCAAGGAAAACAGAUUGUUUCCCAAAAUGGAUGAGGAUACAGAAAAAGAAUUUGCCAAAGAGACUAACUGGAGCAACUUAUCAAUGAAUGUUGGAAUCCAAGGAGGAAAACGGAAUGUUAACAGUAGCUACGUUGAUGGAAGACUUAAUGGAAUAGAUGCAGACAUCAAACUUUUUCACCAAGCUGCAACUGACAGAAGUGAUUCAACGAAACCAGAGAAGCAGGUGUCACCACAAGAGUAUAAGCUACCAUACUUUGCUCCGAAGUUGGACCUAAACACGGAUGAUCAAACUGAUGCUGCUUCUAAUUGCAAGCAACUUGACUUAAAUGGUUUCAGUUGGAAUUGAGAGAUCUCAUCUCCAAAUAGAAGUAAAAAUAUGAGUAAUUAUGUCUCAAACAGACGCCCACACGUGGUAUACUGAGCUGAUGCUCCUUUUGGAAGGAAUAAAAUACCGUGUAACAAUUAGAAUUCAAGAUUAUAUACAAUACUGUAACACCAUUGGAUCUUCAGGAUUCUCAUUUUCUGGUCUAAUACCUAACUUAUUCUGUUGCAUAAUUUUUAGC